ACAUCUAAACCAAUGAGAAGCUGCACUGUCGGUGACGCGCGAUUAUCAGCCAAUUAUCAUAGAGAUCUGUUUCAAACAGCCCGCUCUGCAACCUAUACCAACGGAGCUCCCUCUACUAGUGUCUUUCUGGGUGACCCGGAUGCUGUCUUGUGAUUGGUUACUAGAUUAGAGCGGAAGAUUCUAAUUUUGUGUUGAAAGAAAAGAGAACACAGAUGUCGUAGAGAUAGAUGGAAAGGGCUGUGGACACAUCACAUGCAGAGACUUGGCAUGAAGAGUCGACUUGAAUGAUUAAGGAGCGUGUAACACCCCCGUAUGUUCCAGGCAAGUGGAGGUUCUGGUGUAGUCAUGGCAGAGAGUCACAUAAUGUCAUCAGAAGCACCCCCAAAGUCCAACCCAGGCCUGAAUAUCCGUACUAACUGCCGAAUGAUUUUGAACCUGCUGCGUGAAAAAGAUUGCUCUGUUACAUUUUCACCGGAACAGCCUUUGACACCUGUGACUGACCUUGCUGUUGGAUUUAGUAACCUAAGUACUUUCAGUGGUGAAACUCCCAAACGCUGCCUUGACUUGUCCAACCUUGGUGAUGAGACUGCACCAUUGCCAACAGAGUCUCCUGAUAGAAUGUCAUCAGGUAAGCUGGAGUCUCCAAAGACACAAUUUGUCCAGUUUGAUGGCCUAUUUACACCUGAUCUCGCAUGGAAAGCAAAGAAGUGUCCAAAGAGAAACAUGAAUUCUGUUCUGCCACAACUUCUUUGCAGCACUCCAAGUUUUAAAAAAGCCUCCGGAGGACAGAGAAGCUUGUCCAAUAAAGAAAAUGAGGGUGAGCUGUUUAAGAAUCCAAACUGUAAACCUGUUGCUUUGCUGCUACCACAAGAAGUAGUUGAUUCACAAUUAUCUCCAACACCUGAGAACAAGGUGGAUAUCUCCCUAGAUGAGGAUUGUGAAAUGAAUAUCUUGGGAUCCCCCAUAAGUGCUGAUCCCCCUUGUUUGGAUGGAGCACAUGAUGACCUCAAAAUGCAAAAUCUUGAUGGAUUUGCAGAUUUUUUUUCUGUUGACGAAGAGGAGAUGGAGAAUCCUCCUGGAGCUGUUGGUAACUUGUCCUGUAGUAUGGCAAUUCUUCUGUCGGGGCCCCUUCUAAAUCAAGAUGUAGAAAUCAGCAAUGUAAACAAUAUAUCUUUAAACAGAAGCCGCCUUUACCGCUCACCUUCUAUGCCAGAGAAACUUGACAGGCCAAUGCUUAAACGCCCAGUGAGGCCGCUAGACAGUGAAACACCUGUCAGAGUGAAAAGGAGACGUAGUACCAGCAGCCCCCUUCAACCUGAGGAAGAGAACUGCCAACCACAGAGGAGGGGUACUUCUCUUAAAAAGACACUUUCUCUUUGUGAUGUGGAUAUCAGUACAGUUUUGGAUGAAGAUUGUGGUUACAGACAACUAAUUGGAGAUUUUUCAAAGGUUUAUGCUUUACCCACUGUUACUGGCCGACACCAGGACCUCCGAUACAUCACCGGAGAGACUCUGGCAGCCUUAAUGCAUGGAGACUUCAACAGUUUAGUGGAGAAAUUCUUUAUAAUCGAUUGCCGUUAUCCUUACGAGUAUGAUGGAGGACACAUCAAGAGUGCAUUUAACCUUCACCGGCAAGAGGAGGUAACGGACUACUUUCUGCAACAACCACUGACCCCGUUGAUGGUACAGAAGAGAUUAAUUAUAAUCUUUCAUUGCGAGUUCUCUUCUGAAAGAGGCCCAAAAAUGUGUCGGUUUCUCAGGGAGGAAGACAGAGCCAGUAAUGAUUACCCAAGCCUCUAUUACCCAGAGCUUUAUCUCCUUAAAGGCGGUUACAAGGAUUUUUUUCCUGAAUACAAGGAGCUAUGUGAACCGCAGAGUUACUGCCCAAUGCACCACCAAGAUUUCCGCGAGGACCUGCUAAAAUUCCGAACAAAAUGUAAGACUUCUGUUGGCGAUCGAAAGAGGAGGGAACAGGUUGCCCGCCUGAUGAAGCUUUAAUCUCCGGGCUACUCAGCUCAUGCGUUGAUCUGUUGUCCUUUUUCCUAACAAAGGAUUUAAAGCUCUGCCAGAAUUUUAAUUCUCUUGUACUACAACCAUGAACACUGCUGCAGAAUGACAAAUAUUUACCUUGUUUACAUCUUUGUCACUGUGAAUUUAAUCUUAUUAUUUUUACUGUGAUCGUUCUAAAAAUAGUGCGUGAUGGAUGAAAAGGUACCUAUACAGCUAAUUGCUGGCAACACUUGUAUGAUUAGUCCACUAGGUGGUGCUGUAUAUUUAUAGAUGCAUUGUACACUUUAUUAUUCGGAUGGACACUCUUAUAGAAACAUUUAAUAAUGGCUAAAAUAGAAGCGAGCCAGUGAAAACAGACAUCAAGGAGAAAUAUAGUAAACCAUAAGAUUAUUUGAAAAA